UUCCCACAGAAAUUAAACUAUAAGCUCAUAUGCUUCCAUACUUCAUUUCGAAAGCAUGGAUGAAUAGUUGAAGGAUGUUGACGGAGAUCUGAUUUGAUUGUUAUCCUUUAGCGCAGUAUCACAAGAAAAGUCAGACACAGCUCAUCUCUCGCCACUGACUGAACUUAAGCUGUACUUCGAGUCCAAUACGCGCUGCGGUUUUACACCCUCAUAUCUGAAUGCCCAGGUGGAAGUCUCUAUUAUGUGCAAAGGUGUCUCCAACUCCCCUCUCUGAGGAAAAGGUGUCAAAGGUUACUAUACCAUCAACCACAAGCAGAACCUUCUGAAGGACUCUGGGACAUCCAAUCCCUGACCUCCACACUGUAACAGUCCACAGAUCCCUGAGUAUAGAAAGCCACCACGCCAUUGGACGAGGGUAGUCACACUGAAGGGGCCAGAUGGCACUGCUAGCCAAUCAGCUGAUGGAUUCAGCCAGGGUUCUAAAUGGCAUCAAUGGGAGGGUGGACCACCUUCCACAGUUCCUAAGGGUCCAGAACCAGGGUCACAUGACCCAUGUCAAUGUCACCCAGGAAGACAUGCACAAGAACAGGAAGUACCCGUGCCCACUGUGUGGCAAGCGCUUCCGCUUCAACAGCAUCUUGUCGCUGCACAUGCGCACGCACACAGGCGAGAAGCCCUUUAAGUGCCCUUACUGUGACCACAGGGCAGCGCAGAAGGGCAACCUCAAGAUCCACUUACGCACUCACAAACAGGGCAACCUUGGGAAAGGCCGUGGCCGGAUCAGAGAGGAGAACAGGCUGCUCCACGAGCUGGAGGAGAGGGCCAUCCUGAGGGACAGGCACAUCAGGGGUGGUAUAGGUGGUCUGACCCAGCCACCACCACCCCACAUCCCCCAUCCCCAUCUCCAGCAGCCCCAGCCUGCUUCUACCACCACCACCCAGCUCCCCUUGACUUGCACAGGCCCUGGCCCUGUGGAGACCCUUUCACUGCCAUCUGUCUCCCCCAAGAUGACCACCACAGGCCAGGAGGAUCACACACAGGCUCAGCCUUCCGCAGGGUUCCGCUGCUCCUUCUGCAAAGGAAAGUUCAGGAAGCAGCAGGAGCUGGAGCGCCACAUCCGUAUCCUCCACAAGCCAUACAAGUGCACCCUGUGUGAGUACGCAGCCUCCCAGGAGGAGGAGCUCAUCAGCCACGUGGAGACGGCCCACAUCACCUCCGUGUCAGCCCAAAAUCAGAGUUCCGCCGUGGGCAGCGGUCGGGGCUUGAAGCCCCCUGGUGGGGAGUUCCCCUGCAAGGUGUGUGGUCAGAUCUUCAGCCAGGCCUGGUUCCUCAAGGGACACAUGCGGAAGCACAAGGACUCAUUCGAGCACUGCUGCCAGAUCUGUAGCCGGCGCUUCAAAGAAGCCUGGUUCCUCAAGAACCACAUGAAGGUCCACCUCAACAAGCUGUCUGCUAAGACCAAGCAGCUUCCUGCUGACCCUCAGGUAUCUGUUAGCAUGGCUAGAGUAGCCCAGGACGCCCACUACACAAACCUCUACUCCCAGUACAUCUCAAGCCUCCACAGCAGGUUCCUCUCUGCAGAGAAAGCGGGCCAGUCGGAGUUCCAGCAGAUCCUUGCCACAGCAGGCAUCGGGAUGAAGGUGAAGGAGAUGCUGGGUAAGAUGCUGGCACCAGGACACGAUUCACUGACGGAGGGUGAUAAUAAUCACUCUUUGUUGGGUUUGAAUCAUCUGGUGCCUCUCCUGAGUUCGAGCAAUGUGGAGUAUCAACCACAAGCUCCUGCCAACGAGAGAAACAACCUCAAAAGCUACCCAGGCUGGCAGGUCAUGGCACCAGGACUGGCUGUAGAUCAGGUGGACCUAUACACAGCUAAAGAACAGCAGCGGGCCUACCAUGCUGGGUGGAGGGUGUCAGAUGAGCGACGAACGCCUGCGUGCAACCCAGAGACCCAGGCUAUUAGUAGGAGUAGUAGCCCAGGACUGAGCCAUAUCUUGGAGGAGAGCUCCAUAGGACCAGGCCUCUCUCAGACUGGCAGUACCCAGGAUAACAGCAGCCUACCCUCCUCAGUCUCAGGUAAGGAGAAGUCCUACAGCUGUCCCUCCAGUGACUACACCAGUGCCCAGUCAGCCUCUCUCAGUUACCAUCUAGAGGGCUACCACCCCAACCAACACCCCCAGUGGAACCAGGACACCAUGGACAACAGAGCCCCCUCGUCCCCACAGACCCCAAGCCCCAAGGACCGGAGCCCUACUUCUGGCCUCUACAGUGUGAUGGAAGGCACUGAUGAGAACCGGAGAAACCCAGGUACACUGCAAAUGGACAGGCCUCCCAACCUGCCCAACCCUUCCAAUCUGAACCUACACCGGGCCUAUGGAGGACCUCCAGCUAUGGAGGACAACAGUGUGAACCCACAGGGUCUUCAUCAAUCCAUACAGACCUUCAUCAAUGGCCUGACAUCCGGCAUUCUGAGAGGUGGUAGAAAGAGGAGAGCAAGGGGAGGGAGGGUCAGCCCUCCCGGGGGAGGACAGGGGAGCUCUGAGGGGGAGUAUGGUGUUGGAGUCAGGGGGAGUGACUGGGACAGUGAGGGGGAGGCAGGUGCUGGUGGCUCUGCAGUCACACCCAGGACCAGGAAGUCCCAGUAUGAGCCUCUGGAUUUGUCGCUCAGGCCAGACUGGGUGCUGUCGUCACAGCCUGGUUCAGGGGGAUUGACUGGGCUAUUCCAGCAGCACAGCUCCCUCUCCUCCAAUAGCAAUGGGCUGCAGGCUGGACAACACACAGCCCGGUCUGACACUGGUAGUGACCUGGAGAUGCCUAUAGAGCAGGAGGACGCACACACCAAUGACUCAUCAGCUCACAAUGGGGAGUGUACACUGGAGAGACCUGUGUUUAACAAAGAGGAAGAAGAAGAGGACCUCAACAAGUGGAGGAUGAUGAAGAGUAGCAGCAGUGAAGCAGGGCUGAGUGAGGAGAUGACAGAGAUGAUGGUUGUCGUUCCCCAGGGGCCCAGUGAUGCCCCUCAGUGUACCCAAGAGAAGCAAGGCCAGUGGGGCAGGUCAGUCAUCCAGCCUCUCCUCUCUCCUCUGGAGCUGUUGAAGCCAGGGCAGACUCCUCACCACUACCUCCAUCCCCACAGGAACCUCUCAGUCCUCUGGUCCUUCAGUGGCCAGAAUCACACGUUCCUCAAUGACAAUGAAGAGUGCUUGAAUGGUGGAGGGGGAGGGCCAGUGGAGAGAGCAGAUACUUCAAGGGGGAAGCCUUUCCAGUGCAGGUACUGCCCCUACAGUGCCACCCAGAAGGGGAACCUGAAGACUCAUGUCCUGUGUGUCCACCGCAGGCCCUUCGACAGCAGCCUGUACCCAGACAGACGCCUCCGACGGCCCAGUGCCAACACCCCUGUGACACCCAACACCUCCCAGGAAGGCUCUGCCCCUAGGCCUACACCCAGUGGGAGAGAUAUCACCAUGACAUCGUUGUGUGGGACUUGAUGUUGCUAUGGCAACUGCAUAUAGCCAUAGGGUGUGUUCGAAAAUGUUAUCUGGAGUGCCAGAGUGUGCUCAGAGUGCGUUCUGGGAGUUAGUAAAUUCAGAAAGUUGUCUGAAAGUUGUCAGAUUGUCAGUUAGUAAAUUCAGAGUUUCGCUAUCGGAGCGUUCAGAACGUACACUGGACGUUCUGGCCGAGGAGUAGGGUUGAUCUGAGGGUUCAGACCUCACAUCAGCAGUCAGGCACCCAAGCUAACUGCUUAACGAUGGCUAGCUUGCUAGCUGCUUCCAGACACAAAUGAGAAAACACCUUUACUUGCCCUAGCAGAGCUGGUUAGGCUGUUUUCAUGUUAUACAGAGCGUUGGUGACUGUAACUGUAAUGCUGGCAACAAUUUAAUGAAGCUUUUUUUGCCGACGUUUAGUACUUUAGUUUCAGGUGUGGAGGAUGACAGAGGGAGGAUAGGCUUAUGUUGUUGGAGAUGGAAAAAAAAACUUGAUGUACAUUCCAGUGUGGACUUGAAAAUAUAUUUAUCUGUAAGAAACAAACUGCCUAUAAUAAAGUGUAUUGUGGUGUGUGGAGUACAGAGA